AUAAAGGCGAGGAAGCAUAGACGAUAGAACAAAUAGCUUAACUCUCUUCUCGCGGAAUUUUCUCUCUCUAAGGAGAAGCUCUACAUUUACUUUUCAACAUACAUAUGAUAUACAUACAAACAUGCGGCACGUAUAUGCACCGAGGCUGAGAGCCACACAACUGCGUACGACAUUAUAUGGAGUAUAAUAGAGACUCUGAAUCUUCUAUUUCUCAGUGUUGUACGGUUCUUUGAGUUCGAUCUCUGCGUAUUAUUUGCUCGGAGCUCUGGAUUCAGCUGGAAAACGAUGAUUUAGUUCUGGUUCGGGAAAAAUAUCGAGGAUAACUCAGCAAACAGGUUAAAAUCACUUAAAUCUCUGAGGAAGUUCUGAAGUUAGACUUCCAACUAAGUCCAGUCCAAGUCAUAAUGUCUGAACGAAUGGUGCAAUCUAUUAAGAAUAGCAGUGACAAGAAUAGGCAGACAGUGCAACCGUACCAGCCUGUUUGGAUGGCGCAUUGGAUGCCGCUAAGCCGGAAUGCAGCAGCAGAGAGAGGUAAUCCGACUGUUUCUGAAAAUGAGGAAAUUAACCUCAUAUCCAAGGAUGAUGAGUUAACAAAUGGAUUGAAGGCUUCUACAUCCCUAAAAGAAGAUGGAGUCAUUGAGACUAAAACUUUUGAAAUUCUGAAUGAGAGUCUUAGAAUGAGUUCAAAAGGCUUGGGAAAUGAGGGGAUGUCCAGUUCUCUUGUGAAGCAUGGCCAAGACACUGAUGACAUGCAAACAUUAAGGUCAAUGUCUGGUCGCAACCUUGAGCGUGGUAAAGCCACUGACUGUAAAGUUGGGAUUCAGUUUCCAUCUGGCAUUUCGGCUGCAAGUGAAAGUUCCCUUAGAGGUACCUCAAAGAGAUCUCUUGAAUGGAUCAAGCCUCAUUCGUCUGCCAAGGACAAAAGCUUUGCAUCGUCAAAGCCUUUUAAGGGAACAUUUCUUGGAUCCUCAAGACAUACUUUGCCUUACUAUGACCUUGAAAAACAUAGGUCUGACAAAGGAAAAUCGACAGUAUGUCCAUUUAUCAGUAAUCAAUUGCCAAAUGCUAACCUUAGAAUGUUUGAGCAAGAACACUCCCACAAGCACGGCCAGCCGGCAGGUUUAAUUUGUGAAAGAAAAAUUUACAAGCACUCAGUAUCAGAUACUUUUAUGAAGGCUUGUUUAACAGAGUGUAAUACAUCCUUGUUAUUUGAUGCUCCAUCUACGAGUGACCAUCACCUGCCAACAUUUGGUCGCGAUUGGUUCCAGAAGUGCCCAGGUAUCUCACUGCUCCCAAGUCAGUGCAUUGCUUCCGAGAAAACCGAAUCAAAGAAAUCACAUUACGAUUCUUACUCUCUACAGAAGUUGCCAAAUUAUGUCCGUAAUUUGGGGACAAUGAGAAUAUGCACCACCAUGGAUUCUGUAGAAGCGAUACCUGGAUGUUGUCCUAGGUUAUCUCAGACAACUCACAGUCUAUUAAUCACAAAAAGGACUGAUGUCAAUCUGUCGCAAGAAAAUGAUAUUUUUGGAACUGCCCCGUUAAUUACUAAAAUGAAUGGAAACACAUCUAGCAAUCUACAUAAUGUAUCGCCAUUUUUUGGUCAAGGUAACGGAGGAGUAAAACUUCAACCUCUGAGCAGUUCCUCCAAUAGUGAAGGGAAAAGAAAUUUUGGAGAUCUCGAGGCUCCUAAAGUUACUGGAAAGAAUGAAUCAUCAGCUGAAACAGACACCAUGGACAUGAAUAUUUUCAAGGAGGAGGACCCGAAUUCUGGUGCAAAUUCUACCCCCUCAACUGAGGGCUUCAAUAUUAAGUCAACUUUAUCAACACGAAUUGAUGUUGCUUCAUCAAAAGAAGUUGGACGUGUUUGGACGGACACCAGCAUACCUGAUAUCAACCUGGAGCCGCCUGCCUUGCAGGCUGCUGCUAGUUCAUCGGAGAACAUGGCCCCCAGCUCCUCAAGGACUCAGAGUUUAGAGGUGGACGUGCUGCUUGCACACUCGGACCAGCCCAACCCAAAACCCAAUCUGUCACAGAAUGAUUCUUCUAAAGCAGAUCCAACCAACAGAUGGGUCAAACGUCUCAAGCUGAGCUCUUCAGGCUCCUCUGCUCAAGGAACAAAGAGCUCGAAUUCUGCUGAAAACUCAUCUCAUGAUAAAAUCAGGAAGGGUUUUCGAAGAUUUGUUGGGAGUAGCAUCACUGGUUCGGUGCCAACUCCAAGGAAGCAUCAUGACAAAGAAACAAUUCUUUCUGACCAGAGAGCGGACUUGUCAAAGGAAGACGGGAACACCAUAGUUGAUACAGUAAAGAACGGUAAGGAGUUAUUGCUUUCACAUGCUUGGAUAAACAGAUGGCUGCGGUGUGGGUCAAGUAACCCCCAAAGGAAGCCUGAAACAGUAGUAAUUUGUGAACCGCAAACUUCAAAAUUGGCAUUGGACGACCUCCAAAAGAAGCAGUUCCCCAGCAUUGCAGCUAUGGCUUUGAUGGGAAAGGCUAUGAGCGGUUUCCAGUCGUGCGAGCUCCAAAAGAGGGGAUGUUUCACUAUCUGGAACACAAAGACUUUCUGAAAACAUUCUUGCUCUAACCAAUGCUUGCUUUACAAGUGUUCUCCAGUCUAAUGCUUUGGUGGUGAAGAUCUCAAUUGGCGCCUAAGGUAAGUGUUCUCUUACAUUUACGUACUUUCUCCCACGACCUGUAAAGGGAAUUAUCUUUCUAGUACUACGACAUGAGGCCAGUUCCAGAGCAUGUUUGUUUUCCGAACAGGUGAUUGAAUUGCACACAGCUAUGCAUAUAUCCUAGAAUAUACAUUGGGCGCAAAGAAUGACAAGUCGAGGCUUGAUUAUCUUUCAACCAAUAUGGUAAUCUUCUUCUGAAUGCUCUUUGUAAGUAAGCUAAGCGCAUCUCCUGUGGACCGAGUAUAUUAGCAGACCACUUCUAGAAUGUGAUGUUCUGUAUCAUCCGUCUGUUCUGUUUUGACCUAGUGUUUUGCUUGGAUGAAAAGUGUAAGUUUGUUUCAUUUUGGUUGUUGGAGUUACCAGUUACCACACCAGGUAAAUUAUGGCUGAUAUGUGCGUUUUGUGCCUGUCUCCCUCAUUGUUGCACACGAUAAGGUAACUUGAGUCGUUGAGAUGUAACCACGUGCUUAUUCUUCAUGUGUUCAAGAGCUUUAUAACUUCACCUGUUCUGCAGCUCUUUAUAAUAGGUCGUCAGGGGGAGAGCAGGCCCCUGGACCCUCCUAUUCUGUGGUGGCCACUAUAUUAUUUAUUAAUAUUAUUAUUAUUA